AGUCCGGGCUUGCUGCUGUUGCUGCCUCUGUACUGUCCAGCACACACAGUGCUCCUGCGAUCACCUGACCGUCUCAUGUUGUUGUGUGAAUUUAGUUCACCGCUAUUCUUAGACCCUGCUUUGGCUGAGAGAGGAGAGAAGAGGAGAGAAGAGAAGAGAGAGGCAUAGAGGGAAAGGGAGAGGGCUGGGGAAAGACUCGCAAUGAUGCCCAGCUGGCCAGUCCCCCAGCUGGAGCCCAGUCAGAUCAGGCUGAUAGUGUACCAGGACUGUGAGAGGCGUGGCAGGAAUGUCCUCUUCGACUCCAAUGCCAAAAAGAAGGGCACGGAGGAAACCCCCGUCACGAGCAAUGAGGGCCAGGUGAAGAUGUUCGGGAAGUGCUGCCAGCUUCGUCCUACUGGAGGCAGCAGCAGUUCCCUGGACAGCUCCUCCUCUUGCACCUCAGAAACCAAGGAAACCAAGGAGCAGGGCAUCCGCUUCCAGGGUUCGAGAUGUUCAUCUGAUGUGGUAAUGCUGGGGGAAAUGAUGUUUGGCUCUGUGGCUAUGAGCUACAAAGGUUCCACACUAAAAAUUCACCAGAUCAGAUCGCCACCUCAGUUGAUGUUGAGUAAGGUCUUCACCGCAAGGACGGGAGGCAGUGUGUACGGCAGCCUUAACACGUUACAAGACAGCCUAGAGUUCAUUGGACAGGACAGCAACACCCUAAGGCCCGAUCAAAACACCGGGCCCAACAGUCUCCUAGGGAACAUAGGAUUUUCUCAGCUCUGCAGCCCUCGACGGGCCUUCUCUGAACAGGGCCCUCUGCGCCUCAUCAAGAGUGCAUCUUUCUUUUCAGGCCACAGUCACCCCAUGGACAUGCCUGGCCGAGGGCUUCACGAUGAGAGGGACAGCGGCAUCGCCAGGUCAGCUUCUCUGAGCAGCCUGUUGAUCACUCCCUUCCCAUCUCCUGGCUCCUCCCUGACCAGCAGCUGCGCGUCCAGUUACCAGCGCCGAUGGCUCCGCAGCCAAACCACCAGCCUGGAAAACGGCGUCUUCCCCCGAUGGUCAGUCGAGGAGAGCUUUAACAUGUCUGACGAAAGCGGUGUACCAAGCCUUGGCGUGGCUCGGAAGAAGAAGAUUGCCAUCGGGGUCAUCUUCAUGCUGUCCCCCAACCCUGAGGAGAACAACCGUUUCCAGGAUUUCUUUUUCUCCCACUUCCCUCUCUUUGAAAGCCACAUGAACAAACUCAAGAGCGCUAUCGAACAGGCCAUGAAGAUGAGUCGGCGGUCAGCUGAUGCCAGCCAGAGGGCUUUGGCUUACAGCCGGAUGGUGGAUGGACUGAACGAGUUCAGGAUGACCAUCUGCGACCUUUACACCAUGCCCCGGGUGGCUGAGCCCGUCUGGUUGACUAUGAUGUCUGGAGCGUCGGAGAAGAACCAGCUCUGCGGUCACUUCAUGAAGGAGCUCUCCACGUUGAUGGAGCAGGCUUCCAAGAACCAAUUCCUCCCCGCGUUAUUGACCGCCAUCCUGACCAAUCAUCUGGCCUGGGUGCCCACCGUCAUGCCCAAUGGGCAGCCUCCAAUCAAGAUCUUCCUGGAGAAACACUCCUCCCAGAGCGUCAACAUGCUGGCAAAGACGCAUCCUUACAACCCACUUUGGGCACAGCUAGGAGACCUGUAUGGGUCCAUUGGCUCACCGGUGCGGCUGUCGAGGACAGUGGUGGUAGGCCGCAGACAGGAGCUGGUCCAGAGACUCCUCUAUGUCCUCACAUACUUCAUCCGCUGCUCCGAGCUGCUGGAGACCCACAUGCUGGACAGCGCUGAGGAUGAGGCCAUUGUCAUUCCCGGCUCCCUCAUCACCACCUCCCUAAGGAAAGGAGAGGUGGAGGAGUCGGACUAUGUCCUGGUUACUGUCCAUAAACCCAGCGGGGAUUACUUGUCUCAAGGGGCCCACAGUCGGCAGACUGUGGCAGAGGACAGCAGCUACCCUUCAGACAACAGCCUCCAGAGCAGCACAUACGCAGACGCAGAGGUGGAGAAUGGCGCCGGGGACGCGAAUGAGGAGGAAGAGGAUGAGGACAGCAGUGAGAGUCAUGGGUCCACGAGCAGUGUGCUUCAGACGGGACGCAGCCAUGGUAACAACCCUGUUAUCAGGACUGCAGAAGCACCUGAAACCAGGGAGUUGCACAGGGAGUCUUGCAGCCCAGUGGCCACAGAGAUCCGAGUGGAGACAGUGCUGCGUGUUGGCUCGGCACCCAGGGAGCAGGACUGUGUGCUGGAUAAAGAGACCAAGAGAGACCCAAAACCCACGACCCUGACAUCAAGUUCACCCCCAGCUCCUGUCACCACAGAGGGUAAAAACUCUGAGGCAGAGGCUGGGGUGGACGCGGGCAUGGGGAGCCAGCCCACCAGAGUGCUAGCUCCUCGGCCCUUGGGGGUCCCUCUAGAGAAGAAGCCCCCAGAUAAGAACCUGGCUGCUGCUGCAGUGCCAGUACCAUUGAUACCGGGAAACGCCAUGACGGGGCCCAUGGCUUUGUCUCUAACGGAAGAGGAGGAGCUGUCAUCAAAAGUCACUUUCCUUAUUGGAGACUCCAUGUCUCCUGAGUCUGACACAGAGAGCCGCAGAAGGAAGGUGGAGGAGGAAUUCAAAAAGCACAAGAAACACCUCAAGGACAAGCAUCCACUUCACCAGCAGCUGUUGCUGAUGCAGCAGCAGCAGCAUCAUCACAGGCAACAUUAUCAACAGCAACCGCAGCAGCUGCAGAGAGUAGCAGAUUCAAAGACCAGCAACACCAGUGCGUCAGAGGACCAAACCAAACAGACCAAGACGGCUCCUGCCCUGCAGCGGGUGUCCAGUAAGAUGCCCCCCUGGAGCCUAAAUUGUAUGGAUGAUUUUGAAGAGUAUUUCAGCCCGGAAAACCCUGUGGAGACUAGGACUAUAGACGAUGUGGCCAAACGACAGGAGGCCUGCACCACAGACAGUAUGCACAAAGACUUGCUGGACCCCUCGGGAGUCCCCUGUUCUGGUGACUUAGGGGGUCACAGCUUUCAGGGUGCAGUCACGGGUCAGGGUUUAAGGCUCUGUUUAGGUUCAGGUAGUGGAGAGGCAGGAUCCAGCAGGAAGAAAGACACUUUGUUAGAUAUCCAGAGGAGGUGCAGGUGUGGGUCUACAGAUUCCUCUGACACCUGCUGCUGCAGGGGCUGUUCUGCUGAGCAGGACAAGGGUCCUCUGUUGUCGGUCCCCAUCCCACAGGAUGGAAACGGCAACAGCAAAGAUGACCAAAAGUGUAAGGUGGUACCUGUCAACGACUGGGAGAUACCUCGCAACGAGAGCUCAGACAGUGCGCUGGGGGACAGCGAGAGUGAGGAGACAGAGGACUGGCAGGAGGAAGUGCUGGUGCCCUUCCCAGGGUCGAAGUUGGUAGAGAACUACUCAAAGCCAACCAUUGCCAAUUUUGGCCGGUCUCUGUUCGGAGGCUACUGCCCCACCUACGUGCCAGACUUCGUACUGCAUGGGUUGCCAAGCGACGAGAAGCUACGGCAGUGCCUCAUGGCUGAAUUAACCCAUGCUAUUCAGCAUCCAGUACUGGAUGAGCCCAUAGCGGAGGCCGUCUGCAUUAUAGCAGACACAGACAAGUGGACAGUGCAGGUGGCCAGCAGUCAGAGACGAGCCACGGACAUCAACAAGCUGGGGAAGGAAGUCCUGGUUUCCAACCUGGUUUCCAGCUUAUUGCAAUCCACUCACCAGCUCUACAAACUCAACCUCUCACCCAACUUUUGUAUAAUGCACCUUGAGGACCGCCUGCAGGAAAUCUACUUUAAGAGUAGGAUGCUUGCUGAGUAUUUGAAGGGCCAGACAAGAGUCCAUGUGAAAGAACUGGGCAUGGUCUUGGGAAUCGAGUCCAGCGACCUUCCCCUGUUGGCUGCAGUGGCCAGCACUCACUCCCCCUAUGUGGCCCAGAUCCUACUAUGAGACUGUAAUGGCACUAAGGUCCCAAGCAGUGAGCUGUCUGAGGAAGCCGGUCAGACCUGGGUGGUGCCAGCCUGGCACCAAAAACGGCCAUCCAUGGUUCGCCCCGACAUGGUUUCCUGACCCUAAUGCCUGAGCUAAGUAGGAUCUUUGCUCUGAGCCUUAGCAGUGCACAUCUUUAAGGACCACAGCCACAGACAGCUCCUCCCUUCACUACCACUGCUGCUGAAUGUGGUGCGAUACAGAUGUUGCACCACAGGGAGGAACUAGAGACCACAGUCCCACAGAUGGGAGUGAUGCUCUGCAGAUAACUGAAGUAUCCCUGAAAUGACCUUCUCCAGUUGUUUGAAUGUUUCUUUUAAAGCAGAACUCUUUUGUUUUUGGACACAAAAGCCAAAGACUUUAUACAUUUUUCCAGUUGAGAAUGAAACUUUAACCCCUUAACCCCUUCCGCCCCCUUUUUUCUAGAGGGGUAGGGUGGGGGCGACGGGAGAUGUUUAGAGGGUAAUAGCAGGUCAACGGUAGACUUCACAUAAAAGUAACACAGAUAUGGUGCAAAAUCUAACCAUUUUUUUACCACCCGAGAAUGACUGAAAAAAAAUCAAAUCAAAAAUCCCUCCAAAAUACCACAUUAAGACACCAAGACCUGCAGAAUGCAGAAAUAUUUGAAUACACUAUUUUAGAAUAGGUGAAAAUAACAGAUUUAUAUUGCAUGAGAGACAACUGCAUGGUUAUUGCCCAAACUGCAUGGGAUUAGCAUUAAGUGGGCAUGUCUGUAAAGGGGAGACUUAUGGGUAGUCUCGCAUUGCCAGGCCUAUCUCCACAGCGCUGCGGAGGAAGGUCUGGCAACAGGAGCAUACACUCCUGGA